UGAAGAUAUAGUCCAGUCUCCAGACCUGCCUGUUUGUUUAAACUCUCACAGUCAGAAACUACUGCUUUAUUUCUCCAAAUGAUCAUCAACUUUAAGCUUGGUGUGAGAUACUUUUCAGCUCAUCAUUGCUGCACAGUGCUUAUUUGGAUCACUGUGGACUUGCAGGUCUGGUCAUGUUCCUCUGACUUCCCUCAUCACCAGACCUGCUGCUCACUGGAUUUCGGUUUGCAUACAAAGUUUUGAGAAAAUCCCAGGAGAUCAGCAGUUUCUGAAAUCUUCAAUCUAGCUGGUGUGGCACCAACAGUCAAAGUUCACCAACUAGUUCAUAUCAGUAGCUGUGAAUUGUACAAAUACUGAGUGGUUUAAUAUAACCGAGUUUUGUUAACUCUGUGCCUGAUAUUAACCUUUGUCUCUUACAUCAAUAUUUGAAGACAGCUCACGUGAGGAGCCUCACAAAACUGCUUCUGAGCUUUUUAAAGUAUCACAUCUACACUGACUGCACUGGAACAAUGGACUCAAGCCUGAUUGUCUUCUAUCUGUUUUUCUUGGUUGGUGUUUAUACUUCAGCAGAUGAGGAUAAACGAUGUGAGCGUCCUGAACAAAUGUCUUACGGUCAUUUUGUCAUCGUGAAUGUCACUGAAUUUGCUCAUGGAACUACCAUCAAAUACAUUUGUGGACCAGGUUACCGAAUGGAGAGUCUGGUGGACACCAGGACGUGUUCGGGUGGACGGUGGGACACGCCCUUGCCAGCGUGUGAAGAGAUUACUUGCAAACAACAAGAACCCAAACAUGUCAGAAUAGUUGCUGGAACUCCGAGCACAUUUCCACCAUUUAAAGUGAAACAUUCUUUAAGCUUCCAGUGUUCCAGUUCUGAGCUGAUUAUGACGGGACCUUCUACAAUCACAUGUGGAGAUGAUGGAGAAUGGAGCAGUCCAUUCCCGACAUGUUCAGACAAAAGUAAAUGUGACCCACCCCCAGUAAUUGAAUUUGCAGAUUUAAUGGUUCCACCGAAUUCUGAAUAUCAGCUGAAUGAAAGAGUGGAGUAUUUUUGCCGAAGGUUCUACACCAUGUCCAGUGGAAGUGUAAUGACCUGUGGGAAAGGACGCUGGAUUGGAGAGGUGAAGUGUUUAAGUACGUACAAAAACACCACAUUUGGGGAGCAGAAUGACAGGAAAUGUAUUUAUGAAUUUUAUUUGAAUAAUUAUUGUACAUUUUCUACUAGUUUCAACGUGUAAAAACAACUUUAAAGGUAAUGAUAAAACUCAAGAAGACUACUAGAAAUGCAUGCACUUUGUGGCCAGAAGUACUGGGACACCCGUGUCAAACUUUUCCCGAAAGUCGGAGAAAAUUGCAUCAGACGUCUUUGGAUGCAGGAGCAUUCAAUUUUGCCUUCGUUUGAACUAGGAGACCCAAAUCUGUUCUAGCAUCACAAUGCUCCUAUGCACAAAGCAGCUCAAUGAAGAUCUGCUUUCCAUGGAUUGGAAGUGUGUGAAAGA